AGGCAGUGAAGGCUGAGGCCCAUUUUGGUUGAGUUCGGUCGGGAGUCGGUACCCUUCUUCCUUGCUGUCCAAAGGCCGAAACCCUCGACCAGUGCGGCGGCCACUUUCCCCUCCGUCCUUCUCGUCUCCGGCGAUUGCCUGCCCGCCGUCAGCGCUCUCGCGAUGUCGCCCUCGAGGCCGCGCCCAACCAUCUCCAGCUCCGGUGACCUGCCCGCGGACGCGCUGUACGAGGUCCUUCUCCGCAUCCCGGCCAAGGACCUCUGCCGCCUCCGCGCUGUCUGCCCCGCCUGGCGCGCCCUCACCUCCGACCCGCUCUUCGUCGCGGCGCACAAGUCCCGCCACCGUACUGCGCCCCCGCUCCUCGCCAUGGGCUACCGCGACGGCAGUGGAGUUAGCGGCGUUGCGAUUUCGGAUUUGUCGGGCAACGUCGUGAAGCGGAUUCCAAGCACCGGGUAUGAGAUUGUUGGGGUGAACAAGUCCGGUGAUCCCAUUGGCCGGUUCACAAGCAAGAACGAUAGCAUCUGUGUUGUGCGCACGCGGCUAGACCUCGUCUGUUUCAACUGGAUUGAUUACCCUCAGGCCUUCUCGGUGCUGAACCCGGCCACUGGAGCUACCAUCGACUUGCCGACGGGCCGCUCGGAGGAAUUGGAACAUGAGCUAGAGGUGGAGGGAAUAGACAAGUGGUGUUGCCAAGUCGAGUCGUGUGCUUUUGGGCAGGUCUCCUCUACCAGAGAGUACAAGGCGCUCCGAGUCUUUAGAAUUGAUGGCCGGCAGGUAUGUGAAGUUAUCACCUUUGAUGGCACCAACCAUGGAAGCUGGAGGAGAAAGCAGGACCCUCCCUCCCAUAUCUGUACCAGUCGCAAUAUGAGACAUGCGGUCAUCGAUGGUGUGGUGUACUUCCUGAUGGAUUUUUGUUCCUCUUAUUUUGAAACUGGGGGUGUUACCAUUGAACCUGGUAGCGUAGCUUCCUUCAACCUCGAGACGGAGGAGUGGAGUGUUCUACGUGGUCCAGAACAGGUGCAGAGUUUUGUGCAAGACAACGAGAAUUACCAUUACAUACAACUUGGACUCGAGUUAUCAGUGGCUGAGUUGAAUGAUUGCUUAGUUAUGGUUCAUGAUAUCCAUAAGGUAUCUAUGAACUUGUGGUUUUUGGCAGAUUCCGAGAAAGGUAUCUGGGUCAAGAAAUACAUCAUGCCUUCACAUGUUGCUAGGCCUCGUCUAUACCCUCUUCUGGUAUUAGAUGAUGGGAGAAUUUACUUCAGCGGGAAGGAUUAUCUGCAAGGUUUCCUUAGUAGUGGAGAGCCAGGAGGGGGAUUUCUGCUUAGUUAUGAUCCAAGAAAUGACUCCGACGCACUAAAACUGAAAGGUUCCCAAUCCAUUGGCAUUUACACAGGAAGCCUGCUGAGUUUAUAGAGUAGCUGUCAAUGAUGAGGUGAAUGAUGCAACUGGCUGGGUAAUGUCAACAAUUAGUGAGACAAUGUACUGAUGCAUGCAUCAAUGGAAAAGUACUUUGCCUUCAAAGUAUAUUAUGUUAAUCUCUGAUAUAUUUUGCAUGAGAAGAUUUGCAGUCUUCUUUGUAUGUUGGGAUUUUAUUAGAACUAAGGACGUUGAUAGAGUAUGAUGCCUCAUGUUAUCAUACCAAAUUAUAAAGCUGCAAGUUGUAGUA